CUCGGUACGUUGAACCCUGAACAGCAUACAGUAUAUUGUCUAAUGGACUUUCAGCGUGCUCCCCGGAGGGGAAAGAAUGUCAAGAAAGGAGUUCAGUUCACCGUUAUGGUGGUCGGCGCGUCCGGUACGGGUCGCACUACCUUUGUGAACACCCUUUGCAAUAAGCACCUCCUCGACCAUUACCGCGACGCGAACGACGCGGAGAACGCUCACACGGAGCACGAUGUCAACAUCCGCGCCAUCAACACGGAGCUGGAUGGGGAGAGCACCAGAAUCAGCUUGACCGUCGUCGACACCCCCGGAUUCGGUGACAUGCUCGAUAACGAGGAGUCAUUUACGAAGAUUCUCGGUUACCUCGAGCGCCAAUAUGACGAAGUCCUCUCCGAAGAGUCUCGUAUUAAGCGUAACCCGCGCUUCCGGGAUAACCGCGUCCACGCCGUUCUCUACUUCAUUCUUCCUACCGGCCACGGUCUUCGCGAACUCGAUAUCGAACUCAUGUGCCGUCUUGCACCCCGCGCAAACGUUAUCCCGGUCAUCGGAAAGUCCGACACGCUCACCCCUGACGAGCUCGCGCUCAACAAGAGGUUGAUCAUGGAGGACAUCGAGCACUACCGUAUCCCCAUCUACAACUUCCCAUACGACAUCGAGGAGGACGAUGACGAGACCGUGGAAGAGAAUGCGGACCUACGUAGGAAGUUGCCAUUUGCGCUCGUCGGCUCUGAAGAGGUCGAAACUUUUGAUGAUGGAAGCACAAUCCGCGUUCGCACGUUUCCAUGGGGAACCGUUGAGGUCGAUAAUCCCGAUCAUUGCGACUUUUCGGCUCUUCGUUCGGCAUUGUUGGAGACGCAUUUGGCCGAUUUGAAGGACAUCACCCAUGACUUCCUCUACGAAAACUACCGUACUGAGAAGCUUUCCCGCUCCGUCAACUCCGGAAGCCAUGCAGCCGACGUCUCCAUCGAUUCCAUCGAUCCCUCCGACCUGGCCAACCAAUCAGUCCGCAUUAAGGAGGAGCAGCUUAGACGCGAGGAAGAGAAGUUAAGGGAUAUUGAGCUUAAGGUACAGCGCGAAUUGAGCGAGAAGCGUCAGGAGUUGCUCGCGAGGGAGGAACAGUUGAGAAGCUUGGAGGCUAGGUUGGCGACCGGCGCGACGCCUAGUCAGCAGAGCUUGGUACCCUCGGAGACCCAGUAAAUUAUGUCUGGUACAUACGUGUUUGUGAGUGGACCUAUCUGGAGGAGUUAUCUUCGUUAUCAUGUUUGAUUUUGCUGCGAUACCAGAAGGAGGUGAUUUGGAAAGGUUUACAGGACUUAGGAGGGACAUGCAAUUGAAUUGCUAGCUGGCUAUGCUUCUUCCAUCGUCCACUGUAUGCUAUAAUUUGGUAUAUCAUGGGUAUCUUGACUCGUCUCUGCAACUC